AAAAUAUAUACCCACACCGGAAAAUAUGGAAAGCUUCAGUUCCCGAAGGAUAGUGAAAUGUGGAUGAUAUGGUUCACCUUGGCCUGCACUGCCACAUGCGCCUUGACGCAUGUGAGCUUUACCAAUCUAAAGUGCGAGAGUUUCGAUAAGAAAUUCUGCCAGUUCGAUGCGUGUUACAUCAAGGCUGUUAAUCGCACGCAUAAAUAUAUCGAUUUAUAUGCUAAAUUAAUGGUACUUCCCAUUCAAAAUGUCGAGAUAAAACUUGAACCCAUGCGUUAUGAUAAUGGCUACAAUCCGUUUCUAUUGGCCAUGACCUUUGAUUUGUGCAAGUAUAUGAGAAACCCAAGCGCUAGAUCGAUGAUAUUUCUAAGAGAAAUUCAUAAAACCUUUUUAAAUGCUACAAAUAUGAAUCAUACCUGUCCCUACGAUCACGAUAUCAUUAUCGAUAAAUUUUUUACCGGCAAUCUGGAAAAGGGUAUAUCUCGAUAUCUGCCAAUACCCAAUGGAGAUUAUGCGAUCUUUACAAAGUGGUAUGUUCGUAAUAUCCCGCGAUCCACAGUUAAAAUAUACUUUAAAAUUACCAAAUAA